CGCCAAGAUUUCAAUAAAAACGGCGAGCGGACAACAGAAGCCGCUUCAGUCUGUCCUCUCCGUCUGUCUUGCUGCGCUUUAGUUUAGCUUUUCCCUCUUUUAAACUGUCAUUUAGUUAUUUUUUUUUAGCUUUUUUUUUUACUACUUUGUUCGUGUGAUUUUAAAGAACCCAAAAUGCUCACUGCUCGCUCUCCUCUGUCCGUGAAGAAUGACAACGCCAUCAGCAGUCAGAUCAGCAACAUGUCGCUGGACAAAGAAAAUACGCCUCCGAGUCUGAACUCCACCCGCAUCCUGGCCUCGAAAACCGCGCGUAAAAUCUUUGACGGUCCUGAGUCCAAGGCCGUGAAGAAGAGCAGCAGCGAGGAGGAGCCUCUGCUGAAGGAAAACCCUCGCCGCUUUGUCAUCUUCCCAAUCCAGUACCACGACAUCUGGCAGAUGUACAAGAAGGCUGAGGCCUCAUUCUGGACUGCAGAGGAGGUUGAUCUAUCUAAAGACGUGCAGCACUGGGAGUCUCUGAAAGAUGAGGAGCGAUACUUCAUCUCUCACGUCUUGGCCUUCUUUGCCGCCAGUGACGGAAUCGUCAACGAGAAUCUGGUGGAGCGCUUCACUCAGGAAGUUCAGGUGACAGAGGCCAGGUGUUUCUAUGGUUUCCAGAUUGCCAUGGAGAACAUCCACUCAGAGAUGUACAGUCUGCUCAUUGACACCUACAUCAAGGACCCCAAAGAGCGAGAGUACUUGUUCAACGCCAUCGAGACUCUGCCCUGUGUGAAGAAGAAGGCUGACUGGGCCAUCAACUGGAUUGGAAACAAGAGCGCCAACUAUGGAGAGCGCGUGGUGGCGUUCGCAGCCGUGGAGGGAAUCUUCUUCUCUGGUUCUUUCGCUGCCAUCUUCUGGCUGAAGAAGAGAGGCCUGAUGCCCGGCCUGACCUUCUCCAAUGAGCUCAUCAGCAGAGAUGAGGGUCUGCACUGCGACUUUGCCUGUCUGAUGUUCAAACACCUGGUGAACAAGCCAUCUGCUGAGACCGUCACCAGCAUCAUCAAGAACGCCGUGGAGAUCGAGCAGGAGUUCUUGACGGAGGCUCUGCCAGUGAAGCUGAUCGGGAUGAACUGUGACCUCAUGAAGCAGUACAUCGAGUUUGUAGCUGACAGACUGAUGCUUGAGCUCGGGUUCAACAAGAUCUACAGAGUAGAGAACCCGUUCGACUUCAUGGAGAACAUCUCUCUGGAGGGAAAGACAAACUUUUUUGAGAAGCGUGUGGGCGAGUACCAGAGGAUGGGUGUGAUGUCAGGCCCCACAGACAACACCUUCAGGCUGGAUGCCGACUUCUAGACCAGAACCAGACUCCUGCUACAGUCCUCUACAUAGGAUGAUGCACUAAAGAUCCUACAGAGUGAGAACUACAUGCAGCAGAGAGGAGAUGGACUUGUUUAUAUGAACCUCAGGACAUGGUGGAUGGAUGUGGCGGUACAUGAGCUCUUCAGGCGAGGAGAGAUCUGCUCUUUACCCAGUUGAACAUAAUGUACAUAAAAUAGGAGUGAAACUGGGUAGGUUAGAGGUGAUUUGGAUCAAAACACUGCCUGUAUUUUAUGUAAAAGUAACUGUAGAGUUUUUAUUUUAUUCUUGCUGUAUUAGUGCUUUUAUAUGGACCUUUUUUUAGGAAUAUGUUGAAUAUGUACAGUUUUCUUUUUGCAAUAAAAUUAUUGCAAAAUUC